AUGGUAAUUCGAGUGGUGGGGCUUACUCUACACAUGAUUCUAACCACUUUGGCAAUCGGCUGCUAUAACGAGUAUGGAGAGAAUGUGGCCGAGCUCUACAUGUCACCGCAUGCUCCUAAAUCCGGGCUUGUCACAUGCAUGAUGGAAGCUGCUCUAGACCCAAAUACAAGAACAAUAAGAAAAAUGCGUAUGUCAGGAGAUAUGAGUGAAAGAAAUGAGACAAGGAUACUAAGUGUCUUUUACGACAAAAAAUCGGGGACACUGCAGGCAAAGUACACUUGUCAAGAAGAAAUAUGUAAUUCCGUGGGAGCAUUUAUGGAUGCCUUACGAAAGGCUGAGAAAAAAGGCAAGGAAUCCGUCUUACUGAAAUUCAUGCUUUUGGGCAUCGAGAGAGAGCUCAGUGCUGCUUCUAAGCGUUAUGACCCCGAAAUCAUAUUUGUUAUCUGUGCGGGCAUAACCGCUGCUUUUGCCUUCUUUGCUCUUCUCCACAUGCUCACCGGUUUAUUGCUGUCCAGAGUCAAGAGUUAAACGUUGUGUAGAUAGAUACGUAUAUUAGAGAAAGUAAUGUCAUAACAAACUGACUACAUCACUUCUUCAAAAUGACGAUUAAUAAAGCUUUG